AUGUCAAAUCGCUAUUCAGUCUAUUCCAGCCAUUCGGCUGCUUUCUCCACCGGCGGCCGAGCGCCCCAGUCAGGUGGGCAAGUGUCGACGACGACGUUGCUAAAUGCGUUGCAUGCGCAUUAUACGACCGGACAGCCCUACCAACUCGAUGCGGGAACCAGUCUAGUCGUGAAUACAUUGCUUACUGCAACGCAAGCAACCCCAGAAGGCCAUACCGGGCCUACAAUAGAUCGCGAACUAGCAGUCAGAGCUUGGGAGCACGCAAGGAGAAGAGCAGAGGACGGUUGUAUCGUUUUAUGUUCUACUCACCACUCAGCACCAUCCGUUUUAGAGCCAUUCCUAGCAACACUACCUUUGUCCACUCCUAGUAUCGCCUUCACUGCGUUGGCCGCUCUCCGUCCCUUUUUGACGGCUGUAACCACCUUCAACCCUUCAUACUCACUCUAUUCCGCGCUUUCGGCUUGCUACACCUUGACCCUCAAGGGCGACAUCACCGGGCUAUCUCUAGCACUUUCGACUUCAGGGAUCAAUGUCCGCAAAGGAUUCCUCGACAUUCCUUCUGAGCCGGGGUAUCGCGCCUUCGACGUGUUCUACUAUCUCUUAACGGCUGCAUCGACACCAGCCGAGCGGGAGUUCUUGGACCUGAAAGACGCUUCUUCCUACGCUCUGCUCCGCAAGUCGGGUACAUAUACACCCCCAUCAUAUCUUCCUACUGCCGACGACGCUGCCGCUGCCGAAGACUUUAGAUCUGCUCUCAAGGCCAUCGGCAUCAAAGGUGCAGCUCAACGAGAUCUUUUGUCAGUACUUACAGGGUUGCUCAAGCUUGGUAAUGCGGCUGGCUUCCUCGUUGACCAGGAAGACCUGGAGGAGGCGUGUGAAGAUGUUGGUGGUUUACUGGGCAUAGACCCUGAAGUUCUUCUACACAAAUGCUCUACCGACGAGAGAGAGGUGUUGAUUUCUGGAAUAUACGAGGCUUUGGUUGAUUGGGUGAUCGGAAAAGCUAAUGAAGCUAUUGCGAGCCAGCUUCAGGCGAGCUUAGAUGAUAGCAGUCGUGGCUCGGGACAGCCAGCUCAGUGGUCCGACGACGAUACGGUAAGCAUCACUGUGGUUGAUCUGCCUAGGCCUGCGCUGGGGAAAGCUGUCGCUAUGAGGGGGGUAUUUGACGAUACCUUGGGAAUCAACGCAGAAAUGAAAGAGGACGGGGUCGUCGUUCCUCCAGCUGGCCCGGCUGUCCUUAAUGACAUGACUGCAGCGAUUGCCCAGGUUGAAGUCGAUCUGGGAAUAUCCACUGGCCCUACGUGGCGCGAACGGGAGUAUGAACUGGACAAGAGACAUGAAGUCCUAGAGAAAGUUGGGCUUGAAGUUGAAACAGACUCGUUUCUUCGACAGAUUCUGUUUACCGCUGAAUCCGAAGGAAUCACAUUAGGUAAGAAAGGCCGAUUCGAUUUGCCUGCCACACUAGGCAGCAGCCGUGUUUGGCAUCAUAUCUCUAUUCAUCCCACCGAUGACUUACCCGAAAAUCUGAACCCUGUUAUGCCGACUGCGACUUGGUCCGCGAGCGCCGUUUCCCGUCAACUACGGGAAUGGCGACUCGCUGAGUGGGCAAACCGUCGCCUCAAACAGAUCGAUUUCACAGCCGACUUUGACGUGGAUGAAUUUAUCGGUAGAUACUUCCGACUAGGGUGUGGGGAAGGAAAGGACGGUGUUGAGAACUGGUUGGUUGAAAGGGGUUGGACCAACGGCGAUACCGUGGUUGGCCACCAGCGAAUCUGGGUCAGAGAAAAUGCGUGGUGGGAAGCAGAGACAAUGCUCGAUCUAAAGCCUGAAGAGCCACCAGCAGCAAGCCCUUUCAUGUAUGGAAGCGGCAUGCUUGACCCUGGCGUUCCACAUUACACAGUGCCUCCCAUCGCAGAAUCUACCAGCCUUCUAGGGAGCCGCGAUAAUCUGCUCAACAGACAAAGUACACUGGUUCCCAGUGUGGCUGGCGGUGCCAAGUCAAUUGCGCCCAGCGCUCCGCGUACCUUGCACACGGGCGGUGACUAUGGCUUAGGCUCAAAGGGAGAUGAUAAGAAGUAUGACAACCCAUUCUAUGACGAGGACGGCCGUUACUUAGGCGAGCUUGAUCCUGAGUAUGCCGACCCCAAACAUAUUGAGAAAAAAGAGAUUACUCUCGGUCGACGUGUCUGGACUGGCUUUGUCUGGGCCUUGACUUUCUGGAUUCCAUCGUUCGUCCUUCGCUUCGUGGGCCGAAUGAAGCGUCCAGAUGUGCGGAUGGCGUGGAGAGAAAAGCUCGUCCUCGUGUUGCUCAUUCUUCUCUUUAACGCUAUUGUCUGCUUCUAUAUCAUCGCAUUCGGUAACUUGCUCUGUCCAAACAAGGAUAAAGUCUGGAACGAGAAGGAGGUUAGUUAUCAUCAAGGGAAUAAUGACUUUUACGUCAGUAUCCACGGCAAAGUCUACGACAUCAGCAAGUUCUGGAAGAUCCAACACAGUGAUACAAGCAUUGAGACGACGACAUCCAACAUGGAGCCUUUCAUGGGUGAAAAUAUGGAUGCCUAUUUCCCUCCUCCGCUUACUCGUCUCUGUGGUGACUUUGUGACCGAUGAGUCUAUCACGCUGAGAAACAACGACACAAACGCGGUGUUGUAUUCAAAUGCCAAGCACAGCUGUGGCCCUCUCGCACAGACGGAUCCGAACACGAAACUGCACAAAAUCACCUGGUACGAAGAUGUCUUUUUACCAAAGAUUGACGAGUACUAUAAGGGUUCCCUUGUAUGGAAGCGGAGUGCUGUGUCAAAACAAGCAGAUAGCAGUUCACGGUACUGGGUCAUCAAGGACCAAAGCAUAUAUGAUUUGACGGACUAUUUCUAUACCCUCAAGCAGAUGAACAACAUAGACAGUUACGACUUCCUGCCAAGCAGUAUCACGGAGCUCUUCAAGAAUUAUCCAGGCACCGACGUAACGGACAGAUGGCCUAACAGUGAGAAUGCCACCAAAGCGCAAACUUGUCUCGAUUACGUGUUCUAUAAAGGUAAAGUCGAUUUCCGUGAUAGUGCGAAAUGCCAAGUCAACAAUUACAUCCUGCUGGCAUUCACGUGUCUCAUUUGUGCGGUCAUUCUUGUCAAGUUCCUUGCUGCUCUCCAGCUAGGAUCCAAACGUCGACCUGCCCCGCAGGACAAGUUCGUCAUCUGCUUGGUGCCAGCGUACACCGAGGGCGAGGAUUCAUUGCGACAAGGCCUUGAUUCAUUGACUGCUCUUCAGUAUGAUAACAAGAGGAAACUGAUUUAUGUCAUCUGUGACGGUAUGAUUGUCGGUGGCGGUAACGACCGCCCAACGCCCAAGAUCGUUCUGGACAUUCUGGGAGUAGAUCCCAAGAUCGACCCUCCUGCUUUACCGUUCAAGUCGGUUGGACAAGGCAGUGAUCAGCUCAACUAUGGAAAGGUUUAUUCCGGACUUUAUGAGUACGAAGGGAAUGUUGUUCCCUACAUCGUUGUCGUGAAGGUCGGCAAAGAGUCAGAGCAAAGCAAGUCCAAGCCCGGAAACAGGGGUAAGCGUGACUCUCAGAUUCAAAUCAUGAACUUCCUCAAUCGCGUACACCAUCGCGCCCCAAUGUCGCCUCUUGAGCUGGAGAUUUUCCAUCAGAUCAACAAUGUGAUUGGCGUUGACCCUGAGCUCUAUGAAUACUGCCUGAUGGUGGAUGCGGAUACAAGUGUCCGAGAAGAUUCACUUAAUCGCCUUGUCGCUGCCUGUGCCAAUGAUGCUCGCAUUGCCGGUAUCUGCGGUGAGACAAGUUUGCAGAAUGAGGAACGAAGCUGGUGGACCAUGAUCCAGGUUUAUGAGUACUACAUUUCUCAUCAUCUCUCAAAAGCAUUCGAGUCCCUCUUUGGCAGUGUAACCUGUCUUCCUGGGUGUUUCUGCAUGUAUCGCUUGCGGACGGCGGACAAAGGCCGGCCCUUGAUCAUAUCAGACAAGGUUAUCCAAGAAUACGCAGACAAUGACGUUGACACGCUGCACAAGAAAAACUUGCUUUCUUUGGGUGAGGAUCGUUACUUGACUACAUUGAUGACGAAGCACUUCCCUACCAUGUCCUACAAAUUCAUCCCGGAUGCCUACGCUAGCACUGCUGCCCCCGAGACGUUCUCUGUCCUUCUGUCUCAGCGACGUCGCUGGAUCAACUCGACUAUCCAUAACCUGGUGGAACUGGCUGCCCUGAAAGACCUGUGCGGCUUCUGCUGCUUCAGUAUGCGCUUUGUCGUAUUGGUCGACCUUCUCGGAACCAUCAUCCUGCCAGCCACCUGCGUUUACUUGGGUUACUUAAUCUACAGUGUCGCCAGCGGUGGACCAAUUCCAAUCAUAUCUAUCGCCAUCUUGGCUGGUGUGUACGGCCUUCAGGCGAUCAUCUUCAUUGUGAAACGGCAGUGGCAGCAUAUCGGUUGGAUGAUCAUUUAUAUCCUUGCCUAUCCGAUCUACAGCUUCGUUUUACCGAUGUAUUCAUUCUGGAAGCAAGACGACUUCAGCUGGGGUAACACUCGUGUUGUCCUUGGGGAGAAGGGAUCCAAGCGGGUUGUUGCGGUAGAAGACGAACCAUUUGACCCCCGCAGUAUUCCUCUCCAGCGCUGGGACGAUUACGCUCUUGCCAAUAAUCUGCCGGGCCGCCGUGGGGAUUAUAGCAUGAGCCAGGAGAAAUUCUACGGAGGUCAAUAUGGAGAUAUGGGCAUGGAAAUGGAUGAUAUGCAUUCGCAGUAUUCCUCGGUCAAGCCUGCAUCCACGAUCUUAACCGGAUUUCCAGGAGCAGGCCGGAAUGGUAGCCCUUACAUGCCGCCGCAGUCGCCCGCCCCGUUCGGCGGCAAUAUCCCAGGCAACAGGCAUUCGCACCUGUCCAGCUUUAGUCGGUAUACCGAUAUGCCGCUUCAGCCAGGGCACCAGUCUCGAAACCUGUCGGUUGGAAAUCUCAGCCAGUUCCAGGAUCCAUCAAACCGGCAUAGCGUGGGACUCAUGCAGAGCACUGACAAUCUCCUGGGGGUUCCCCGGCCAAACUCUCGGAGCCCAGUAGGUGGUUAUACCUCCCGGCCUCAAAGUGCGUUUGACUUCCGCGGAAGUGGUGGGCCUGAUGAAAUGGCCAUUACGGAUGCUAUCCGUAGCUGUCUGGCCGAAGUAGACUUGGACACGGUAACGAAGAAGCAAGUUCGUGCAUUGGUCGAGCAGCGGCUUCAAGCGACGUUGACCGGAGACAAGCGAGCAUUCCUCGAUCGCCAGAUUGACCAGGAACUGGCAAAUAUGUAA